UUUUCCUACCACUUUCUCCAGGGCGAUGAACAUAUACAGUAUUGGGCUUCACAGUGGUAAUCAACAUUAAAGUGUACAUAUUAGAAUGGCUGAGUGCAGCAGAGCGAGGGUGAAAGAGCAGUUCCAGCAGCAUGGCUCCCCAAGCACAGGCAGUGAUGAGUUCCACGAAGGCUUCUUCAAUGAUGAUGGGGAACCUACAUUUGGGGAAGAGGAUGAAGAUACCCUCACAGUUGCUGUUUCUGCACCACCAGAGAAUGAGUGGUAUCACGGACGGUUGGAUCGCCAAGGUGCUGAGGAGAGACUGAAGCAAAUGAACAAGCCUAGGAGCUACCUCGUGCGGGAAAGUGACCGCAAACCGGGUUCUUAUGUCCUCUCUUUCUUUGGCAAGACUGGCAUCAACCAUUUCCGGAUAACAGCUGUUUGUGGAGACUUCUACAUUGGUGGACGUCGUUUUGAUUCCCUGUCUGACUUGAUUGCUCACUACACCCAUUUGUCGGACCUGCUGAAGCAUGAACGACUGGUGAAUCCAGUUCCCCCGCCUGAGCCCGUCAACGAUAGCAAGCGUGUCAUUGCCAUCUUGCCCUACACCAAAAUGCCUGACACUGACGAACUCACCUUCCAGAAAGGAGACAUCUUUUUUGUGCACAAUGAGCUGAAUGAAGGGUGGCUGUGGGUGACAGCCCAUCGAACGGGGGAACAGGGGAUCGUCUUCGAGGAACUGGUCGAGACGCUGGACGAUUCCAUCGACCCCAACUCUCUUUGUACCAUUUUUUUAGGUGGACCAGAGAGCUUUUUGGUGCGUCCUAGUGACAACUCCCCGGGGGAUUACUCCCUCUUCUUCCAUGUGAACAACCAGAUCCAACGGUUCCGCAUAGAGAAGAAGGGGGUUCGUUAUGUGGUCGGUGGACGCACCUUUGACUGCCUGGAUGCCGUCAUCAACCGCUACCGCAAGGAGUACAUUGUCGAGGGUCAUACGCUCGGCCAGCCUGUUGUCAAGGCUCGGUCAGAUGCAGAGGAGUAUGCAUCAAGGAAGGAGGUGGAGCAUGCAGAGAAGAUUUAUGCAACCCUUCGUGAGUGUCGGGAACAGAGUGGGCUCAAGAAGAAUCAGGGUGUGAAGAUGCAGGGUUGGCUGGAGAAGAGGAGUGAUAAGAUCAAGAAAUGGAAGUGUUUCUACUUUGUCCUCAUGACUGAGGGAAGUGAUACCACCCUUUACUUCUAUGACAAUCCCAAGAGGUUGAAGCCGAAGGGGUUGAUCGACCUCAGUUGCACAUAUCUGUACAUGAUGCAUGAGAGUCUGUUGGAGCGGCCCAACUGCUUUCAGUUGGUGGAGAGAGCCCUCCCCUGCCUCGCCACCACCACCUACCUCUCUUGCUCUUCUACUGAGGAUGUCCAGGACUGGAUGGCAGCGAUCAGGCCACACUGUGUGGCACAGAACGCUCGUGCGCCGAAGAUUGAGCGACUCAAGGAGCUCCGAUGUCUCCAGAUUUCCAUCAUGGAAGCCCAUAGGCUUCCAGCAAAGCUGGUGCCCAGUCCAUAUUGCAUUGUCUGCUUGAACCAGGUGAAGACAUGUCGGACCAAGGUGCAGAUGAGCACAGAUCCUGUCUGGGAUGAGGAAUUCCUCCUUGAUGACAUCCCACCAGAUGUGUUGACAGUUUCAAUCCAGGUUUGGAACAAGACAAAACGCUCCAAGGAUGCCCAGGUGGCUGAACUCACGCUUGAACUUCAAAACCUUGCCAAUGGAGAGGAGACAGAGACAUGGUACCCUCUGUUAGGAGUGACCCCAGUAGGAGAUUGGGGGUCCAUGCGUCUGCGCAUUCGCUACCUGGAUGACCUCCUCAUGCCCAAAGAAGAAUACUCAACCCUCCUGGACAUUCUCCUCGACUCAGAGCUCACCGCCGUGAAAGCCCUCGCCGACCGGUGUCAUGCCGAUAGAACUCCUCUCGCUGCUGCACUUCUCAGGGUUUUCAGGCACCAGCGGCAGGAAGCGAGACUGCUGCAAGGGAUGUGCGAGUUCGAGAUAGGACGCGAGGACGAGACGUCGACGCUGUUCCGUUCGGCCACGCUCACCACGACCCUCAUGGAUCUCUACAUGAAGGCCGUCUGCUUUGGCUUCCUCGACGCAGCCCUAUCCAGCAUCAUCCAUCGGCUCGUCGAGUCUCGCCAGUCGUGCGAGCUGAAUCCCUCGAAGAUGGAUAACCCAAACGAUGCUUGCUCCAAUGCCGAGUUCCUCCUCGAGAUCCUCGACGAGCUCACCGAUGCUAUUUUCAUGUCCUCUGAUGCCUGUCCCAGGACUGUGCGAUAUAUCUGCGGAUGCCUGCAGCGUAGUGUGAUGGCCAAAUGGCCCGAAGAACGCUUAGUGCGGACGAGAGUCAUCUCGGGCUUCAUCUUCCUCCGCCUCCUCUGCCCUGCUAUCCUCAACCCUCGACAGUUCUCUCUCCUACCUGGUCUGUCUCCCAUCCUUUUUCGUGCCGUGUUUAAAUCAAAUGCUUUAGAAAGCUCUUGCUGGUGUUUGAUCUGAUCAUGGUCAUGCCCCAGUCAAAUUUAGUAAUUAUAUCGAUAUGUUGAUACUAGGGGUGAAAAAAGUUCGGUAACCAGGUUAUCGGGAAGGCAAGGCAGGGAGAAAAAAAUGAAUAACUGAGAGAAAGAAAGCGAGGAGGAAUAAAAUAAUGCGGAGAGAAAGAACGGGAAGAUGAGAGACAGAGUGUUUGGGAUGGGAGGUAGUAACGGAUUAAAAGAAGGUAAAUGACGACUGUUUGUGAAAAGAUAGCGGAACCGAGAAGACAUCUCCAAGCGACUGACGUCUGUAAGUUCAGGGACGAGGUAUUUUUUCUUCCGUGCCGAGUGCGUAGGCAAAAAAGAUCUCGUUCGCAUUUGCCACGUAUCGAAUUUUCCUGACUCGGACAUCUCUCUCCCUUACCAUGACUAUUGCGACUGCUAAUGUCAACUUCAAGAACAACACGAGAUAAGAGGGAGUUUUUCUCCCGCCGAUCGUUGAUCUAGCCUCAUUUCCAACUGUGGGUGAUUUGAUUUUCCUCUUGCUCUCUCGUACCCUUACGAGUGUCAGUCCGUAACGCCGUAAUGCAGUGGUCGGCAACCGAAUUCCCCGGAUGGUGGAGGGAUGGUUAAAUGGCCGAAAUCCAUUAGGUGUCAUUAAAAUGAACAUUUUAAUGAACGUCUAAAGCAGCGGUUCCCAAUCUUUUUUUAGUUGCAGCGCUCGUAAGGACACUUGAACUUUCCACGGCAUACCCAGCCAUUUACUUACUUUCAAUGGGAAACUUGUGCUUGCUUCGCUGAACACAGCAGUUUGAUACGAGGCGUGAUUGUGCAGCUCUCAGCUCGUUUUCCACUGAGAGAUGACGUUCCCUCUUGUUUUUAAGUUUUUUCGUUUUUUUUUGUCAACUUUCAAAUCUCACGGCACACUUAAGCCCUACUGGCGGCACACCGUUUGGGAAACACUGGCCUAGAGUCAUAUAUGCAGUCGAGUAUCUACCGUCAGACCGUUAUGUGCGAUAUAAAAAAAAAAACAACAAUUGUAUCGAUAUGCAAUAAUCGUCGCAAUAAUCAUGGUAUUAUGGAAACAGAGAGACUCCCAUCCGAGUCGGGAAAAUUCGAUACGUGGCAAACGCGAACGCUACGGUCCGAUCUCAUCCUGCACUUCACUUACGUGAUACUGUGCCAGACCUGGUACAUAGCAGUUCCUGUGUCCCGUCGAGUCGUGUGCAUCUCGUCGCUGAGAGAAUAUCUGCUGGUGCCAAGCGACGUAGUGCCCUAAUUGAACCUUCGAUCCCUUCGGCUCAGGGGCGGAUACAGGGGGGGGGGCGGUCGCC